AAUGACUCGAGGCUCUCUCUCUCUCUCUGUCCGUGUGCGUCCGCGCGCGGCCUAUUGAGAAGCUCCUAAGAGAACGGAACAACGUGCCGCAGCUCUCGUCUAGUCUGCUGUCCUCUGUCUCAGUCGUGUUUCUGUACGGACGCGUCCUAAACGACCCGCCGACGAGUCAUCAUUAUAACAAUAAUUCUCGUCGAGAGGCAUAAGCAUCUAAGCUGCCGAACGAUACGCCGUCCUCGCGGUCGUUAAACUCUUGACUGAAAAGUUUCGAUUGUUAAUCGACCGCCAAAAGCGCGCCAGCAACUCUGUGUACAAUCUCAAGUCACUUUCGCACGUGAAUCCACGAAAAAUAAAAAAAAACAUGACUCGAGCAAAAAUUGAACUUGGUGAUGUCACACCCCACAACAUAAAGCAACUGAAAUUAUUAAAUCAAGUUGUGUUUCCUGUAUCUUACAAUGAAAAAUUUUACAAAGAUGUUUUGGAAGCUGGCGAGCUAGCUAAAAUAGCUUAUUACAAUGACGUUGUUGUUGGAGCUGUUUGUUGUCGAGUUGAUACAUCAGAAAACUCACGCCGACUGUAUAUAAUGACACUAGGAUGCUUGUAUGCUUAUCGCAGGCUUGGUGUUGGUUCAGUAAUGGUUAAACAUGUUCUGGACUAUGUUGAAAAAAAAGGAAAUUUUGAUUCAAUUUUCUUACAUGUCCAAGUAAACAAUGAGGGGGCUAUAGAUUUCUAUAAAAAGUUUGGCUUUGAAAUUGUGGAAACAAAAAAGUAUUAUUACAAAAGAAUUGAACCAGCAGAUGCACAUGUUCUACAAAAAACACUGCGAACACACAAUCCCCCAGCUGCUCAGUAGAAAUUGAAUCAUUUUACCAAAAGCGUCUAGGCCAUUUAUCAUCAUCUCACCAUUCUUUAUUUUUACAACCAACCAUCUACUGUACAAAUUGAAUAAAAGAUAAUAAUCUUUAUUAAAAUUUGUUGU